UGGCACAAGCGCCGUGGUGGCGUCACCCGCCACUUAGUGGCGAACGGCGGUUGUUGUUGUUGUUGGUGCAUCUUCCAAUCGUCUCGGUGAGUCAAACCCCAUGGCGUCACGCUAAAUUUGUUCCGUUAUAACUCCCGUGUCGGGCGAGCCUUCGAUGCUUCGCGUGGCCACGUGGGUGCACCUGGCCUGGCACAGGCACCGCCACCUGGGUUUGUUGCGUGAGGACAACAUCAGCGGCGUGUCGAUAGGAAUUACCGCAUGCGUUGAGUCCAGCGUCACUUUGUUUAUGGCGGAGAGCUAAAGGGGAAAUGCGAACCGAGCCCCUGGGAAGCUCCCUUGGAAAUUUAGGGAAAGGCUGGAUUAUUAAAAUAAUGAGCAGCAGCAGCAGCCACGGCACCAUCAUCAUCAUUACCAUCAUCAUUACCAUCACCAUAGUCAUCAUGAUCAUUAUCAGCAGCAGCAGUAACUACAGUUCCAGGAGUAAUAAUAAUAAGCACAAGUUAUCAGCAGGAGCCAUCAAUAUUGCACGCCGUUCAAUAAUAACAACAGAGUAUUCAUCCCCUUGUCAAUCCACCGCUGGAUGAAGGUCCUCUGCCUUUCGUGCCAGUCAUGGUGCUUGUUUGAACAUCCUUCAGCACGCUGCUCGGCCCGCGAGUGUCGCAGUGCACGUUUGGCGACGGUGGAUUUGGCUUCCAGGGACCAGUACAUAUACCACCUGGCGCACGAUGAUUAUUUAUUAGAACCCUUGCGCUUGAUCAUCGAACGGUGGUUGUUGGGUUGGCAGCGUUGGGUCGCUUGACGCUGCUGACUCACCUCGACCACCCCCCCACUCCACCCCCAAUGUGAUCGUAUUCUACGUUUCUGAGUGUUUGACUCAGGGAAGCCCUAACAUCUCUGCUCGCUUCCUUUAUAAAGCGAGGCGCGCGGGGCAGCAUCGUGACACGGCGGUUCACGGCGAGCGAGACAGAGCGACGCGACCGGCAGCGAAUGGGUGGCUGCUCAACAUUCAUUUUAUUUUAGCUGCCAAUUAUUUUGGCAUGCCUCUUCCCCACCCCCCCAUAUCACGACGCUGACCGCAGGUUCAUGGAAAGGCAAUCUGAAGUGGGAAUUGCAGCACCGCUCCUAAGAACGAGGCGCUCGAGAAGAACGGACAGAAAAGAGACGCUCUUUGCUGGAGGAGGAAGAGAGGUGUAGGGAGGAAGACGAUGAGGAGAGAAGGAGGAGGGACCAUGUGGUUGGUCAGCAUCUUUUUGUAUCUCCUGGUGACCCUACAAGGUCAUGGGGCCACGUUUAGGCCCCGAGAAGACAACUUCGUGACUGUGCCUGCACUGGACUCCUCCGGCUGCCUGAUUACGGCACGGCACGCCUCCUGCCGGCACCGGGGCCUCUCCGCCGUGCCCUCCUCGCUGCCCGGCGACACCCUGCAGCUGGACGUGUCCGACAACGCCAUCGCGUCGCUCUCCGCAGGCCCGCUGGGCCGCUACGCCUCUCUGGUCGUGCUCACGGCGCGGAGGAACGGCCUCGACGCCGUGGCCGACGACUCCUUCUCGGGCCUCCGGGACUUGGAGCGGCUGGACCUGUCGGAGAACCGCCUGGGCUCGCGGGCGGACGGCGGCGGCACCGCGCGGUCGCUGGCGCGGGCGCUGUCGCGGCUGCCCGGCCUGCUGCACCUCGACCUGUCGCGUAACGGCCUGCGGGACGCGGCCCUCGGCGGCCUCCUGGCCGAACUCAACGGCUCGUCGCUGGCGUCGCUGUCGCUCGCCGGGAACUCACUGCGGUCGCUGGCGCCGCGCGCGUUCGCGUCGCUGCCCUCGCUGGCGCACCUCGACCUGGAGUUCAACGCCAUCCACAGCGUCGCGCCCGGGGCGUUCGGCUCGAGGCUCUCGCGCCUCGAGAGCCUCUCGCUCGCCUACAACUCGCUGGCGUGCGUCUCGGCGUUCGGCCUGCCCGGCCUGCGCCGCCUCAACCUGAGCAGCAACGCCAUCGAGCACUUCGACAGCGACGACUCGCUGGGCCCCUACCGCCUCGAGUCGCUCGACCUGAGCCACAACAGGCUGCUCACCUUCCCGCGCCUGCCCAGGGACAACGUGCUGCUGCACCUCGACGCCUCGCACAACCGCAUCGCGUUCCACUCGCCAGCCGAGGCUCUCGAGUUCCGCUUGGAGGUCGACGGCGGCGGCGGCGGCCCGCCCCGCGACAUUCUGGCCGGGCGUUUCCUCAACGUGUCCGACGACGACCUGUCCGGCUCGACUUUCGCGCCCGUCAGCCUCGCCAGCCUGCGGACGCUCGACCUAAGCCACAACGCCGUCGAGCGCCUGCCCCACCGCCUGCUGGCCUCCGCGCCCGCCCUGACCGCUCUCGGCCUGAGCAACAACUGCCUGCGGGACCUCGACGAGGUCUUCAACUGCACGCUGCGCCACCUGGAGACGCUGGACCUGAGCCACAACUCUCUGAAGUCGCUGGGCGGGCAGCGGUCCGACGCCAACGCGGCGAGGAGGGCCUCCCCGUGGCCCCUGUGGGCGAGCAUGGGGCCCUCGCUGCGGCGGCUCAGCCUGCGGGACAACGCGCUCACCCGCCUGCCGCCCUCCUUCUUCAAGGAGCUGCGGGCGGUCGAGGAGCUCGACCUGAGCCAGAACGCCGUGACGGCCGUGUGCGGGGCCGGGCCGGCCGGCAAUCGCUCUGGGGGGGGUGGCAGGAGCCGGAGCGGCGGGAGCCGGAGCGGUCGCAGGAAGCGGCACACCGGCGGCGGCGGCGGUAGAUUCGGCCACGGCAGGAGAAGCGAGGAGUGCGUCCGAUUCACGGGCGCCGCCUCUCUGCGGCACUUGGAUCUCAGCGAGUGCCGGCUCCGAUCGCUCGGAGCCGGCGCGUUCCAAGGCACGGCGCUGACGCACCUCAACCUGUCGUCGAACCUGGACAUGGGAGCUCCCGACGCGUCCGGGGCGCCGUCGGGCGCCGGCACGCCGGGGACGCUCCUGCGGGGCCUGGAGCACACGCUGGAGGCGCUGGACUUGGGCGGCUCCGCGCUGUGGCGGUGGUGGCGCGCCGUCGACUUCCCGUCGCUGCGCAAGCUGCGGCAGCUCGACGCGCCCGCCAACAACCUGAGCGCCGUGCCGCCCGGCGUCUUCGCCACGGCCUGCCAGAGGCUCGACGUGCGGGACAACGCGCUGGCGCUCCUGCCGGCGGACGGGCUGGCCGCGCUGUCGGCCACCCUGCUCGCGCUGCACGUGAGCGGCAACCCGUUCGACUGCUGUGCCGUCGACGGGUGGCUCGGGGCGCUGGACGCGUCGCGCGUCGACGUGGCGGACCGCGGCGACGCCACGUGCGUCGCGAGGCCCCCGCCGUCAGACUCGCGGAUCGGCGGCGGCGGGGCGGCGGCGGCGGCGGCUGUCGUCCCCCUCCGCAACGCCACCGCCGAGGGGUGCCCCCCGUGGAGCGUGGUGGAGGUGGAGGACGCCGGCCGGAGCCCCGUGGCCACGCUGGUGAUCGUGUCGACGAUCGUCGUCACGGUGCUGGGCUUCGGAGCGCUGCUGUUGGUCAAACCCAACUUGGUGCCUUUCUUGUAGCGACGGUCGGCGAGGCUGCUGUCUCGCUGCGCGAUCCAGCCGGGGCCGGCCGUGGGGAAUUCCACAUUCGCUCGGUGGAGAGCGUGCCGCUGUCCCUAAGACGUCGGGCCGCGGAUUUUCAACCCCGGUUGGUGAAGGCACCAUCGGCAGAGCCGCCAAUCCGGUGAUGGCGACACAGCAGCACCGAACAGCUGCCAAUACAAGAAGUGGCGGGGACUUUAAAUCCCACAAUCGUUGUCGUCGUCGUCGGUCGUUCCUCCAGGGUCUAGUAAAACGAGAACUAUUCUGCAAUGAGAUUUUUCACCACCGUAGCGUGGGCACCCAUCUCUGUUGGUAGCCCUGGUGGGAAAUUCCACAUUCCCAUGGCAGAGGCCAGUCUCAUUCGUUGGACACCCACUGUUGACCGACCAAGUUGUGGCUUCAAAGCCAUGAACCACACGUGUGUAUUUAAUAUUUGUACGUACGUUGUGCGCGCUCGACUUGAAGGCUACGAGGGCAUGGGGAAAUAAUUCCAAUUACACUAAUUAAUUCAUGUCAGCUUUUUAAAAAAUAUUUCCACAUGUGCAUGUAAUUUAACAAUAUUUUGUAAUAAUGUGCCGCCCAUUGGUAACCCACUGUUGGAUUAAAUCCUCCCCCCCCCCAAAGCUGUGAAGGUUGUUUGACCUACUUCACCAUAGCGAUGCCCAGGAGCAGGAAUUCCCUAAGGACGUUAGCUUGCCAUGGGCUGGGAAUCAAACUCUGGUGGGCAGCUUCAGUGUCGUGUGCUAAAACGCACUUGCCCCAUCAUGCCUCCCCGAUACCUAUACAGUAUUAAUAGAAACAGAUGGGCACUUUAUGGUUAGGGUUAGCGAUUAGUAAUUGCUGAAAUGUAUUUAUUAUAAGAAUUUACUCCUUAAUUCUGGCCAAAAAUGUCUACUCAUGAUUCGUUUUUGUAUCACAGAGGAAGCUUUUAACGUCACAGUCCGACGUUGCGUUGCAUUAACUCCCUGCGUGCACACGCGGCUGUAGUGUGGUCACAGACUCACCUAAGCCAACUGAUAGCCGCCGUCAUCACUACCAUCAACCAGUGUCUGUCCACUGCUGGCUGGCCGUCGACCCGUGACACUACCAGCCAUCUCGCUCGCGCGAAAAAUUAUCCGCAUCUCGCUCCAUCUCCGUGGGGGAACGCACGUUCCAUCCCCCCCCCCCCCCCUUCGCUGCUUCGCUCUACAAUAGAACCCCUCUUGACGACCACCCCUACGAACGACUGAUCACUUAACGACGGGCCUCCAUAGAGCCCAGUGUGUUCGCUUAUCGACCAUUCCCCUGUUAACGACAGGCAGUUGUAGGUACAGUGCAUAUUAAUUAAUGCAUUGAUUAACCAUGUUUAUUUUAAUAUGAUGUGAUUAUAAUGUUGUGAGUGUCUUUUUGUGUUAGUAUCCAUUGUUUAAUGGGGUAACGUUCGAUGCUCUCGGAACGAAUCAAGCCUAGAACGUCUCUUUCCGAUACUCACUUAACGACCAAAUCACUCAAGGACCGGUUUCGUGGAAUCAAUUAGCGUCGUUAAGAGGAGUUUCACUGCAUUUUCCUUCACGAGACUCAUCCAUCCAUCCAUCGGCCUCCCAUCGCUUGAUUUUUUUUUGUAGCCGCGACGUCCCCUGGGUCCCAAGCAUACUUUGGCCCUCCGAGGCAGUCAGCGUAACGAAGGCUUUGAUUUGUUUAACACGCAAGAGUACGAGGAGGCUUUCACGAUCAAUAUCGUUCAUCGUAGAGGUUUUUUGGGUGAGAUUGCGCUAAUAUAAAUGUCGUUAAACCCGCCACCACCCGACAUGGUCCAUUUACGCGAUAUAACCCAAAAGAACACCUAUAUUAUGGAUGAUAUUGGUCGCGAAAGCCUGCGUGUUAAACCAAUGGAGCGAGGUUUGUCCCGUAAACAAACCGUGCCAAUUCGUUACUAGUAGAGCACGCCGGUUGUGUGUUGGAGAGUGAACCCGCAAUUGCGAACGUUGUGGGUUUACUCUUCGACACACCGGUGUGCUGAAGUAGUAACAAAUUGGGAUUCUAUUCUAUUUUGGAUUCAUAAGGCGCCUUUCGCUAAGACGCUUGACAACGCUUGCCAACCACGGUAGAAAAAUGGCAAAAUAAAGGAAGGAUCGGUGGGGUAAGUACGGCCGUUAGUAAUCGGGUUUGGAAAGGGAAUGAGAUGUCGCGACAGAGGAAGGGGGCGAUGGCGCACGUUUUUAUUUUACGUGACAAACCUCACUCAUUGGCUGUGUCGGGUGGUGGCGGGUUCAACGGCACGCAUUCACGUUCACGAGAUCUGACCCAGGAAGAACAGCUCUAUUGAGACUUUCAUUUGUGUUUUGGCUUCCACCCGAAUCCACGACGCAAGUUCCUCCUUUCUCCGGCAAAGCGCCAUCGCGGAGUUCUGCGUAGCAAGCCCCAAGGGAGGUUAAGCGGCGGUGUUCGAGCUUUAAAAAUAAAAGUUUACAAUCAUAUUAGUGACGACGGCGCGCGGGUUGAGGGAGCUCGUGAACGUCUUCGGGUUAGAAUAAGCUAACACGCCUCUUUGCAUGUUUGUAAUGUAUACGUGUGUCCGGCCGGAGAACAUCUCCCAGAGAGAGCUUUCCGCCGAUUUCAACGAGCGAUAUGUAGCAUACGCGAACGAGGUCAAGGCGUGUUACGUCGAUAAUUUGACCUAUCGGCCCCUCACCCCCACGGUGCUGCUCAAUCCUCUCUUCCGUUUCCAACAGCUUUAGCAUGACACGUGCCCCGUUUUGUUUCUAGAAGUCGUACACACGGACAAUGUUGCCCAAGACGAUUUUGUUUUGCAAAGGUUGCAUUUUUCCUCGCAGAUCUACGUUUUUAAACGUCGCGAUGCUCGAUUUUGCGUAACCGCAAUAUGAUUAUUGUAUCGUCAUUAUGAAGGACGCAACCAUUGUCAUUGUUUUAUUGUGUUAUUUAAAUGCAUCAAGUUAAUGUCAUAAAAACGCUACGGGGGUAGGGGGGAGGGAGGGGGUGAAUAAUUAAACUAUUUAGGUGAUGCUGCUGUUGCCCCACUGACAAUCAUGCACAAGCACCAAUAACAACAACAACAACCAACUCAACACACACUCAUCAACAACACUGCCGUAAAAUAAAAAAUAAAAAUCGGCAACAUUUCAGGCAGUAUACCUUCAUAGCACAUGAAGGGCUAUUGCCCGAAACGUCACCUCUUAUAUAUAUUUUUAAGGCCACAGUGUUGUUGACGGGUCAUUUUGUUCCCGCUGUUUGUUAAUUGUGCGGUGAAUAUAGACGCCCUGUAGGUCACCGAUUCGUCUCGGUGGGUUGCUCGAUGACAUGGCAUUGCUGUCGGCGAUGCCACAGCAGCGUUGUCCUUUACACCGAGGACACUUUGAACGUGCUACCCGUGCCCUGCAGGUGUAUGCUGCGCUUGUGUAUCCAUGUGGGGAGCGGUGGCGCACUGGUUAGCGCGCCGCGCGACCGAACCCGGCGAGCCGAGUUCGAUUCCCGCUCACGAUCG